AUAAAAACUGAGCCGCGCAUCACCUGUCCAUGCAGACAUGGCACGCGAGAGAAGACAUCGUAAUGGGCCACAAUCUACUGCGUUGCCACGGGUAACAGAGAUGACGAUCUUCGGAGUGGGGGAUUAUCUGCUGCCUCCCUUCUCUCUGGACACUUGCAACUCGUCGCCAUCAGAGGAGGGAGUGUGCAUGUCCGGUUCGUGUGCAACUGUUAAAAGCUGAGCUAGAUAGAGUCUUCACUGAUCGAGACUAUAGUGAUUAUCAGCUGUCAUGGACGACACACUUGUGGGUGAUAUUUACAUCAAUAUGACACGCCAAGCGCAGAUAUUUGUGGCUGUAUACGUCACAACAGUGGGCACUAUAGCGACAGUAGGCAACAUCAGCGUGUUGAUCAUCCUACUCCGCUUCAACACCUUCCGGAAAAAGUCCAUCAACUUCCUUCUGAUCAACAUGGCGGCCAGCGACCUGGGCGUGUCAAUAUCCGGGUACCCUAUGACGUCAUCCUCAGCCUACGCCGGUCAUUGGCUGUUUGGUGACAGCGGCUGUCGGUACCUGGCCUUUUGCGUCUACACGUUUUCCUGUUCAACCAUUGGUUCCCACGUUGCCCUUGCUGUCUACAGGUACAUCUACGUCUGUAAACCAGCUUCGAAACAUAAGCUGACUCCCAAAGUCACCUUUAUUGUCUUGGUCGUGAUCUGGGCGAAAGCUCUCUUCUGGACCGUGACUCCAUUUAUUGGUUGGAGUAGCUACACCUACGAGCCAUUCGGGCUGUCCUGUUCCCUUGACUGGACUGCCCGAACCUUCUCUCAUCUCAGCUACAAUGUGGCCUGCGUCCUGGGUGUGUUUGUGGCCCCACUGGCCGUCAUGUUGGCCUGCUACUAUCGCGUGGCCAAGCGAAGCAACCAGGUUGACCCCACCCGAAUGGAGGAGCGAGAUCUGGGAGUGGCGAUGUUCUUGCAGAUGCACAGGAAGGAUGUCAAGGUGGAUUUCCAUGUGACCAAGAUGUGCGUUCUGAUGACACUUAGUUUCAUGAUAGCCUGGACACCAUACACUGUCGUCUGUGUCUGGGUCGUCUUCAACAAAUUAGAGCUCAACAUUGUAGCAUCCCUGGCCCCAACGCUUUUCGCCAAAUCCUCCUGCAUGAUGAACCCUCUAAUCUACUUCAUCGCAAGCUCCCGUUACAGGCGUGAUUUCCUCAGGAUGUUCCGGGCCUCGGGGAGCGGAGCACCCACGGGACAAAGCGGCGACCGGACCGAGGGGGGUAGGUCCAGCAAGCCCGGUACGUCUGCGGCCGGUGACGGCAGUGGUGCUGUCUACCUUCGCCGGACCACCUCCCCCUCUGGAGACAUAUCGGCUUCUAUGUACUUCAACAAAGAGCGCAUCUACAUCGGCGAUAUCAAGCCGUCGGGAAUCGAUAAGGAAGCAAAACUGAUCGGGAAAGACCCGGAUGUGCUGUCUAUGUCCUCAUCUAACACCUCUGAUGAGUAUCGGGUCUACGUCAAAGAAAUGAAGAAGGUGGAGGAACCUAUAGUACAGUUAGAAAUAGACAUACACUAGAGGCAUGUAAGCAUCACGAAUAAACCUCAGAAUAAUCCUGUUUCUUACUCAAUGUCUUGUCUUUAGAAUCUUUGUGAUGGAUUCACAACUUAGAAGUAUAUAAUACAUUCAGUCUCUUCUCUCCAUAACUAACAAAAUAAACGCAGAAGGUAAAAGGUAGAGAAGAUAAAGACAAAAAAAGGAACAAUUUUUCCUUUUCCCUCAAGGUUCAAUCUGCCGUUACUUAAGGUCAAAGAAAAUACAACUAAACCCCCCCCCCCCAAAAAAAAAAUGCAAUCAAAAUUCAAAACAGCACGAGUGAAUUGAAGGCACGUAGAACCAUUGGUAAUUACCUGGAAACACACCUAUAUUUUAACAAGAAAAAUCUUGGUAGUAAAGACAGGUCCCGAGUAUCCUGUGAAAAUAUUCCGCCCGAGAUGAUUUCGAUCGAGAGAAAUAAUAAUAAUAAUAAUAAUAAUACUUGAAAAGGUGGUUUAAAAUAACCCAAGUUUUUUACGUGAAUUUAAUAGCAACGGAAUCCAGUUAAAGAGACCCAACAACUGUGCACAAGUUGUCUCUGUAUUCCCCCCCCCCCCAAA